AUGACAACGUUAAAAACAACGUUUUUGCUCCUAACCUUUUUCGUUUUGAUUGCUUCGAUAAAAUCAGAUUUUACCGACGAUGUUAAGUCGGCCGCCAAAGUGGUCAAAGAUGGAGUUCACUGUGGAUUACACACCAUAAAAAGUUGGGUGCAAGACCAUCAUCACGAACCUGGAACUGACCCAUGCCACAAAAUUUCGAGUUUUGUUUGGCCAAAUUACCGUCAGAUAAUAAAGAUGCGGAGCCGAAGCAACUCUGGCGUCCGCCUGGACUAUUAUCAGAGGAUGGUGCACAAGAUAAUAAUGGCGCAUCAGAACCCGGUUACGGGGUUGUUUCCACUGAGUCCGGAAAAAAAUCACGCCUGGAUCAGGGAUAAUGUUUACUGCAUUUUGGCGGUGUGGAGUUUGAGCAUGUCGUACAAAAAAAUGGCGGAUCAGGAUGAAGAUCGGGCAAAAACCUAUGAGCUCGAACAGAGCUGCGUUAAGCUAAUGAGGGGGCUGUUGAUGGCCAUGAUGCAGCAAAAGGAUAAGGUGGAGCGUUUUAAGUUGACACAGAAUCCUUUGGACUCCCUGCAUGCAAAGUAUUCAUCCGAAACGGGGCAAAGUGUUGUCGGUGAUAAUGAGUGGGGUCAUUUGCAGAUCGAUGCAGUAUCUCUGUAUUUAUUAAUAUUGGCACAAAUGACUGCAUCAGGUCUACAAAUCGUGUUCAAUUUGGACGAAGUGGCCUUUGUGCAAAACUUGGUUUUCUAUAUUGAAUGUGCCUAUUGCACCCCUGAUUAUGGUAUAUGGGAGAGAGGGGAUAAAACCAAUCAUGGUUUACCCGAGUUGAACGCUAGCAGCAUAGGAAUGGCUAAAGCUGCUCUGGAAGCUAUGAACGAGUUGGAUUUAUUUGGAGCCAGGGGGGGCCCUUAUAGUAUAAUCCAUGUAUUGGCCGAUGAAGCACAAAAAUGCCAAGCAGUAUUGCAGUCAAUGCUUCCCAGAGAAUCAAACUCCAAGGAAAUUGACUCUGGUUUACUCUCCGUUAUAAGCUUCCCAGCAUUUGCAGUUGAUGACCCCGAUUUAAUAGAGUACACCCGUAACACAAUCAUCAAUAAACUUCAAGGACGUUAUGGUUGCAGAAGGUUUCUCAGGGAUGGUUAUAAAACACCCAAAGAAGACCCUAGACGUUUAUACUAUGAACCUUGGGAGUUAAGAAUGUUUGAAAAUAUUGAGUGUGAAUGGCCGUUGUUUUUUUGUUACCUCAUUUUGGACAAUUGUUUUCGCGGAAAUAAAGAUUUAGCGGCGGAAUAUAACUCACAGUUGGAAGAGAUUAUGGUUAGAACUGACGACGGUCUAAGAUUAGUACCUGAACUGUACUCGGUACCAGCUGCUUUGGUACCACAAGAAUACAAAGAUCCUGGUACGCAGGACCGCGUUGCUUUAGGCCAGUGCCCCUUUAUGUGGGCCCAAUCCUUGUAUAUCGUUGGCAAGCUAUUGCAAGAGGGUUUUCUAGCACCUGGAGAGCUAGAUCCCUUAAACAGAAGACUGUGCGCCGAAAAAAAGCCCGACGUGGUCGUGCAAGUCGUAAUUCUGGCCGAAGAUGACGAGAUCAAGCGGAAAUUGGCCGAGCACGACAUAGUUGUGCAAACCAUCGCAGAUGUCGCUCCCAUCGAGUACGAGAUAGGACAGAAGCAAAUGAAUUCAAAGUGUAAUAGGGUAAUUUUAGGGAGAAACAAAAAAUUGGGUUUAUCGGGAAGAAAAUCAAGAGAUGUCGGUAUAUUAAGCACCAGUAAACUAUACUCUCUAGGAGACAAAAUAUUCGCUUUUACACCGCAGUUUACUGACAUGGUUAGAAACUAUAUAGCCUCCGAUUACGAACUUAUGAUAGAUAUUUGCAAAAGCGAAAUAAAUUUCUUAAAAUCCAGCUGGCAAAACAUGUUAGGACGCCCUGUAGUAACCGUGUUGUGCAGAAGAUUACACUUAGGUAUUUCGAUAAUUUUAAUUGGUCAUAAUUUUGACUUGGACCGGUAUUACACUUCGCACGAUAUGUCUUUGCUAGCCGACAAGGUCGUCAUGCAUCUGGCUUUUUUGGCAAUGACGUGGCGUAACAUGCUUGGCCGGCCCACCAUCACGCUUGUCGCUUCCAGAGAUCAACUAGGUUUUCUUUUAUCUGAACAUCCUGUAAAAUCAAUAAAAAUAAAUCAUGUUUGCCCACUUUUAGAGCAAGGUAAAUUACCGUUAGCCAUGAUUACCACCAUGAAGAAACUAAAAUCUGGUUACAUAAACGGUACCAGGGUAACUUUAGGCAACCUUAACGACUUCCUUAACACCAGCUGCAUAGCAAACCUCAGUUUUCUUGGUUGCCAUGAGGAUGGACUUCCCGAUAAGUUAAAUCCUCAAGUCCACCAAUAUUUGGAAGAGCACCUUUUGAAAUCAAUCUCAAACAAGUCUUCGCUGCUGAUGCCGACAGGCAGCAGGCCUAGACAGAGGAAUCUAAGGCGGCGCAUGUCGGUCAGAGGGGCGGUUAAGAAGACUAGAUCCAUAAACGUUGAUUCGGAAACUCUGGGUAUGGAAAGCAACGCGAGUCUGGAGAGACGCGGGUCGAUGUGGUUCGGUUCUUGGCAAGACACCCUCGACAGCCCCCAUCACCGCGACUACUUGCGAUCGCCGUCUCCCGAGGAACGCAAGAGGAAAAAAGAGGACGUGCUGUCGCCGGAAAAACCGAAAGUCCCCGCUAUAAGCGUGUCGCGACACAAGGCCAACUCCGAGACCCAAUACGCGGACACGGAAGUCGAGGAGUUGUUCGCCAUGCUCAGGGAGACCGAGUCUCUCGACGAGCAAGGGGAUAUUCUCCAGUACUUGGUGGAUUCGAAGGGUUUGGAGUACAACACCGGCAUGCUGGAGUACGGGAAGGUCGUGACGGUUCGCGACCUGCUCAAGGGGCUGUACGAGAAGGCGUGCCAGCAGAAGAUGUGGGGUUUGGUGCGCCACACGGCCGGCAUGCUUGGCAAGAGGGUGGAAGACCUGGCCAAGUCUGUAACUGAUCUACUGGUCAGGCAGAAGCAGAUCACAGUGGGCAUGCCUCCCAACAACGAGCACACCAUCACCGCGCCGCUCCCUGAGAGCGACCUGCGCAUGCUCAUACACGAGGCCUACGGCGAGGACGACAGCACCGCAAUGCUGACGCAGGAGUUGCUGGUCUACCUGGCCAUGUUCAUCAGAACCGAACCCCAGCUGUUCCUCGAGAUGCUCAGGUUGAGGGUCGGUCUUAUAAUACAGGUAAUGGCAACAGAACUAUCCAGAACCUUAAUCUGCGAUGGCGACGAAGCUUCGGAACAUUUACUAAACCUAAGCCCGUUCGAAAUGAAGAACCUCCUGCACCACAUCAUAAGCGGCAAAGAGUUCGCCAUAAGCAGCGUGGGCAGGGGCAACUUUUCCAUCGUCAGCAACAAAUCCAGCCGCAUCAGCAAGCGCAGUCACAUCAGCCUUGGAGACGCGGCCGCCGCAGACGAUUUGCACGAACCCGACCGUCAAGGUCAGUGGUUGAGGCGCAGGCGGCUAGACGGCGCUCUAAACAGAGUGCCCAGGGACUUUUAUCCCCGAGUGUGGGGAGUACUGGAGAGAUGCCAAGGUAUCUCGAUUGCGGGCAAAGUGCUCCCGCAAACCCUCACGCAAGAAAUGACCCCGGGAGAGUUAAAAUUCGCCCUGGCCGUCGAAACGGUUCUGAACACAAUCCCGCAGCCCGAAUACCGACAACUCAUAGUGGAGGGUCUGAUGGUGCUGACGCUGGUUUCGGAGUACAACGUCUCCCCGACACUAGGGGGCCUCAUCGAGGUGGAAGCUUUGGUGCACGCCGCCAACGACCUGUUCCUGGAGAACCAGAUCAAGAACAAUGGUGACGCCACUUUGUGCUGCGCGAAAAGCAAAGACUACAGGGAGGGGAACGGUUUGCUGUGCGGGGGCGCUGCGAGCGUUUGCCAGCAUUUCUACGACAGCGCCCCUAGCGGCGCAUACGGUACCAUGACGUACAUGACGCGCGCUGUUGCCGUUACCCUCGAUUGUCUCCCGAAGCACGGGGAGCUAGACUGCACGAUAAGUUAAAAAGAGUUUUAUUUUAUUUUAAAUAGUGAUUAGUAUUUUAUAGUGCCAUAUUUUAUUGUUGAGUACAAAUUGAUUAUUUCAUGUUAUAUUUUUGGAGUGUUAAAAUAAAACAA